AUGGAGGGCUCCGAGGAGCUGGAAAACAGCCUCCUGACACAGCCCUGGGCUUCUGUUUGCUUUGGCGAGUCUGUUUUUCUUGCCAAAGCGUGCUUCAGGGAUACUGGCUACAUCCUGCUGAUCUCCGACCUCAGCAGCGUCUGGUAUGAGAGUGCAGAUGCCGAGGCUGUGGGACAAAGGUCCAAGGAGCUGAACAAGCGGCUGACUGUCCAUGUGUCCUCCUUCCUGCACCGCUUGUGCAACCUGAUGCGCCCCUUGCUGACAGGGGAGCCAGAUGCCACCACCUCCUUCUCCUGCCACCGCACUGCUGGUGGGCUCAGCCUGCACGUGAAGAGCGAGCUCUCGGGACUGCCCCUCUACUGGGACUUCCACUGCUGCCCUGCUCCCAUGGAGAUG